CUAUACCGAAAUAUGAAAUUCCCACUCCCACUACCCACCCUUCUCGGCGCUCUGACGCUGCUCACUCCAGCCUUCAGCGCAAAUACCCUAAACAUAGUCGCACACCCGGACGACGACCUCCUCUUUUUGAACCCAGAUAUCCAAAAUGACAUCUCGUCCGGAUUCAACGUGCGCACUGUGUACCUAACCUCAGGCGACGCAGGCCAGCCAUACGAGUACUGGACGCUGCGACAGGCUGGGCUUCUAACAGCAUACGCGCAAAUGGCAGGUGUCGAGAGCAUCUGGGACGAGAGCGACGCGGGGGUUGCCGGCAAGGAUAUCCCGGUGUAUACACUGCGGCCCAAGCCAGAAGUGAGUCUUGCGUUCAUGCAUAUUCCCGACGGGAGCAUGGAUGGGAAUGGAUUCCCCGCGACGGGGCAGGAAAGCCUAGAGAAAUUGUGGAAGGGGGCGAUUGCGCGGAUCCGCACGGUCGAUGCGUCUGGGACGACGUACUCGCGAGGCGAGCUUGUUGAGACGUUACGGCAGAUUAUUGACUCCUUUGUGCCGGAUAGUCUGAAUUCAUUGGAUUAUGUGCAUCCGUAUGGGAGUGGAGAUCAUAGUGACCAUACGUCUGCGGGUUUGUUCACGAAUACGGCGGCGAUUACGUCGAGCUUUCCGGGAAGUGUUAUUGCGUACCGGGGAUAUCCAAUCAAGUCGGAGCCAGCCAAUGUGGGCGGAGAGGAUCUAGUGAGGAAGAAGGAGGUGUUCUAUACUUAUGCGGCGUUCGAUGAGGAUGUUUGUGGGAGUGACCAGGCUUGUGCUGGGAAGGAGUAUGAGCUUUGGCUGCCGAAACAGUAUACUGCGAACUGA